UGAUAUAGUAAAAUUAUAGGACGCUAAUGAGAUAGUUCUAUAUAUGUUAUCACAAGCACCUGCAAGUAAGAUACGCGCGUCAACAUCAUAUAGAGAAGAUAAUAUUAGAGUUGUAUAGUAGACCGCCAACAUGGGACAGGAUCGUCUAGCCAUCUUUCCCACGCGCAUGGCGCUGACCACCAUCAAACUGCGUUUGAAAGGUGCGGAGAAAGGUCACAGUUUAUUGAAGAAAAAAGCCGACGCCCUCAGUUUGCGCUUUCGUGCUCUACUGAAGAAGAUUAUUGAAAACAAAGAGCUCAUGGGUGAUGUUAUGAAAGAGGCCUUCUUUUCACUCGCUCAAGCAAACUUCACGGCUGGUGAUUUCAGCCGAGGUGUCUAUGAGAACGCCAAAGUAGCUGCUAUCAAAGUAAAGGCGAAGACAGAUAACGUUGCCGGUGUCAAACUACCGGUUUUCGAAUACACCCAUGCUGGAGAUGAUGUUUUCAGUCUCACGGGUCUCGGACGUGGAGGAAAGAAUAUUUCUGACUGCAAAGAGGCUUUCAAGAAGGCGUGUGAAUUGCUGGUGAAUCUCGCGUCAUUGCAGACUUCAUUUGUCACUCUCGACGAAGUGAUCAAGGCCACGAAUCGACGUGUAAACGCUAUCGAGUACGUGAUUAUCCCACGUCUCCAAAACACUGUGGAUUUUAUUGUGUCUGAGCUGGAUGAGUUGGAGAGGGAAGAGUUUUUCCGUCUGAAGAAGGUCCAAAAUAAAAAGAAGGAGGUGAAGAAAGCUCAGGCUCUUAAAGAGGCUGAGGCUGCGGAGGCGGCUGAUGGGGUAACGGGACAAGCAUCGAGUAUGCUGACAACGGAGGACGAUGCUGAUAUACUCUUCUAAAGUGUUCUUGAAAAAGGCUAUACGAAUCAUCAAAAAAAUAUUAAAUCACGAAACAACAGUCUAAUUAAGUAUGUAAAGUAGGGUCGAG